AUACAGUCUACACUCUUGUUUACUUGUCUUCGUACCCAUUAAUUCUCCCCUGUUGACCUCGCUUACCCAAAUCUUACGCCAUCCAGACCUCACUCCGUCCACUCGACUUUUGGUUCUUAUUCAAAACCCAUUUCACACUUCCAGAGUCCAAACCAGAUCAUUCCACAUCGGCAAUCAUGUGCGCGACUUUGAAAAAUGUAAUUCUGUAGCAUAUUUCAGUUGCGAGUGUUUCAGUAUUUCUUCAUCCGGGGCACUUGUUGGGAGCUGGUUUUUUUCCAAUCAGGUUGAUUUUUUUGCUGAUUAAAGUUUGGAAGAUACAAUUUCAAAGCACGAUGAAGUGUUUCAAGUCCUCAUACAGCGAAAAGAAGCCCGAAUCACCAAAAACUCCAACAAAAUCAAUUUCGGUUCAAUCGUUUAGUUCUAUAUUUACAGAUCGUGACAUGAGACAAUCCGGGUCAGAUCUAAAUUCUCAAAACGUCUCUGAUCUUAGCACAGAAUCAAUGGGAAGCACAAAUUUUCCUAGUUUUUCACAAAAGUCAAACAAUCUUAGAGCCUUCACAUUUUCUGAACUCAAAGCAGCCACAAAGAACUUCAGUCGCUCUACCAAGAUUGGUGAAGGAGGAUUCGGGUGUGUCUACAUGGGUGUAAUCAAGAACCCUAAAGAUUCCACUAAAAAACUCGAUGUCGCUGUCAAACAGCUAGGAAAAACAGGAUUACAGGGGCAUAAAGAGUGGGUAACGGAGGUGAAUGUUCUUGGAGUGGUUGAGCAUCCGAAUCUUGUGAAAUUAGUUGGUUAUUGUGCGGAAGAUGAUGAAAGAGGGAUACAACGACUUUUGGUUUAUGAAUAUAUGCCGAAUAGAAGUGUGGAGGAUCAUUUAUCUUCAAGGUCUGAAGCGCCUCUUUCAUGGAGUAUGAGAUUGAAAGUGGCGCAAGAUGCUGCUCGUGGUUUGGCGUAUUUACAUGAACAAAUGGACUUUCAGAUUAUUUUCCGAGAUUUCAAAUCUUCCAACAUUCUUCUAGACGAAAAAUGGAACGCCAAGCUUUCGGAUUUUGGAAUGGCUCGAUUAGGUCCUCAAGAAGGACUCACUCAUGUCUCAACCGCUGUAAUAGGAACAAUGGGAUACGCAGCUCCAGAGUACAUCCAAACAGGACAUCUAAAUUCCAAGAGUGACGUGUGGAGUUACGGGGUGUUCCUAUAUGAACUUAUCACGGGUAGGCGCCCAUUGGAUAAAAACCGGCCCAAGAACGAACAGAAGCUUCUAGAAUGGGUGAAACCGUAUCUAGACUCGAAAAAAUUCCGGAUCAUAAUCGAUUCAAGGCUCGAAGGAAAAUACUCAUUGAAAUCAGCACAAAAGUUGUCAAUUAUAGCCAAUAAAUGUUUGUCUAGAAACUCGAAGGCCAGACCAAAGAUGAGUGAGGUCCUUGAAAUGGUUAACCAACUCAUUGGGGGUCCAUCACAUGCACCUAGCCAUGGACCACCGGUCAAGGGUCUGGACCCGGUGGUUCCUAUCGAGCCCAAGAAAGUUUUUGUGGGUCAAAAGACUCCUGAGAAUAUGAAAAAAGACGAAAGAGAGUCUAAGGUUGUUGAACAUACAGAAUCUGGUUGUGUUUCACUGUAUUGUCGUCCAAAGCUGUUGACAACUUGCUGAUUUUGAGUACUUUGGAAGGAGUUUUGCAGUGUAUGGUAGUAAGUGACGAUAUUGCCCCUAUAAUGUACAGAAAGGCGUGCGUUGAGUUGCCUACUGUAGAGGUAAAGGGCUGUUUGGUAAUUGGUAAACAUCAAGAGGUUGUGUAAUUGUAUGUUUUAUAUAAGUGAGGUGGAAUUGUGUAGCUUGUGUGCAUUAUAGGAAGUUAAAAAAAUCAAUCUAAAGUUGAUCUUGGUGUGCA